AUGCUAGUUCUUCCAAACGCACCUCCCACACCAGUUCAAUUGAACAACCCUACCCCAAUAUUACCCCAAAGUGUUUUAACACUACGUUCCUCUUUGCAAAGACCGAGUCUAUCAAAUUAUAACGAGUCGAUCCGGUAUGUGGUAAACCUCGAGCAAUACCUUGAUGCCAUUAUUGACUUAGCCAAGUCAACAGAUCCAGUCAGUACAUUUAUCUGUACCAACAUUCCAUGGUCAAAUAUAAGCAAGGGUGAUGUCAAACUGAAACUAUUCAAAAUGAAGUCAAGCAAAGCUGUUGUUAAUAAGUGGACGUUGUCCAAUGAACUUUCAAUGACUCUGAUAUCUGCAACUUUGAUUUACCAUAGAGUAGCGUCAGAGUUAUCCAAUGAAACGAUUAGUUUGGACCUAGAGCUACCCGCAAAGCCGGAAGAUUAUAACGAGAACUGGAAACAGGUGAUGAGUUUGUAUAAAAAAUCGACUUCGAUGAUGUUAUUUGCUCAGCAGAUAGUUCAAAAUGAAAUAAAAUCAAACCAAGGUGUUCUAUGGAUCAACCCAACACUUUAUUCGUUCAUAAUGAAAGUUACUGACGUAUCAAUGCAGAUGUCUGUACUAUCCAAAUUCUUAUGGAUCAGCAGAUAUACAUUUGAUCGAAAUGAAGUUGUUAGUGCCGGAAAUAGUAUGACAUUGGCGAAAGUUGCAAUAUAUUGCAUGAAUGAGAUCGAUGUAAUUCAACGAAUACUAGAGGAUCUCAAUAUCUCAGUGGAAAAUAGCAUAAAAUCAGGUUCAGGGGUGAUAAAUCUUGAUUACACUGACUGGAAUGCAUAUUUGCAGGUUGUACAGAGAUAUAUUAAUGGCUACGCUGGGUUCUAUCUAGCUGUUCAAAAUUACCGAGACAACAAGUAUGGUCAUGCUUUAGGGUUAAUUCAAUUUAGCUUGUUGUCGCUACAAAGCAAAAAAGAUUUACCUACAUCAUCAGUUUUGAAUACAAAGGUCACUUUGAAACACUUCAGAGAUAGGGUAUCUCAUAGAAAGCAAGAGAACAUACUCCUGAAUCUAAGCUCGGUGUCCACUUUGGAUAUAAACGAGUCUGCCUUUAAUGGAAAAGCGGGAAUUGUAUUGAACGAUUUGUCGUACCUAUUUGACCAACUUAUCAGAUUGAAUCUCAAAAUUUCACUGGAAAACAACACAUUGUAUUUUGAUGAAAUUGUGCACUGGUCAGCAAUAAACAAUGAUUCGAAAUGGCCCAUUGGCUGCAAGAUUCCGGUCUCCCAAAUCGAGGCUUAUUCCCCGAGACAAACCAAGGACAAGAUUGAACAGGAUUACACCGGUCGAGGGGAAUAUUAUUGA